UCUAACAAUUUUGUUUUAUUUAAUAAUUGUAUGCUCAUAACCUAAUAAAAUUGCUAAUUAAAACACUUUUAACAUUUAAUAAUAUACUGCAAUAAUUCCAGGAACAAAACUAACUAUAAUAUAGUCGUUUAAUCAUUAUGAAGAGAUGGGACCAAACUAAUUUGCAAGCAAUUUGUAAAACAAUUUUUUGUUUGGAAGUUUAAAUGUAAAAUGAGCACAGUAUGUCUUAUUUGAGUGCUUCAGAAAAUGUUGGUUUUAGUGGUAUUCCACAAAACAUAUCAGAUGCAAGCUGUGCUACACAAUAUAAAAUGGCUGUUGAAGGUGUAUCGGGAUGUGGCGAUGUCAACAUGUUUAUACAUGACAAUUCCGGUGAUGAACAAACUUACAUAACUCCAUUUAAUGACAAUUUCUUUACUAAAUUCAAAAUAGAUCCAAACGAGUUAUACACGUUUCAUGAUACUGAUGUUGUCGCUGGUGAGAUCACCGUUAGUCAUACAGAAGAUGCAUAUAUGCUGGAUCAUGAUAAAAUCAAGUUAGAGAAUCCGAGUAAAGAUUUAGAGGUACCAGUAAAAUAUACAAAUGGUGAUGUUAAAAAGGAAAAAGAAGAAAUUGUCACAAACGGACAUUACACACACAUCUCCAAGCAGACUGCUACAGAUAUUAAGACUACAAAUACCAAAGCAUUGAAAACUAAACAGGUUAAAGAGCCAAUACGUAGAGAGUCGACAACUUCAAUUAAUCAAGGAAGUGGCCCCUGUCAGAUUGAAAAUGCAACAGCUACAAGUAAUAAAAACAGUAUUAAUAAUGUUAAUGUAAAUGAUAAUACCAUCUUGUUGUCAAAAACGUCUAGCAACGAAACUUUUUUAGAUGUCUUCAAAAGAGAACAAGGAUUGGUUGAUAAUAAAGUAGUCAUUAAUAGGGAAUCUGUUGCUUCUGUCAUUAAAGUACCUACAACACCACCCAAAAAAGCAUCUGCAGGAAAGACACAUCAAUCAAAACAGCGUAAAGGCAGAGGACCAGCUGUUCAUGAAGCUUUGCAACGGAUAUCUAACCAAAACCGUGCUUUGCCUGUACCUUGUGGUACAUGGCAUGCUCCAGGAGAAAUAUUGUUUAGCUGUGGACCGCUGGACAGCAAACGUCCUGGGUUCAGGCAGGUUGACACGAGCAGUAGUGAUGAUGAUAAUAUUCCUGAUUAUGAAUCAGGUGGAGGUCCGGUCUGCGUUGAAGAAACAGCAGCAGAAAGUCGAAGUGCACGGCUGGCGCUGCGUCGGGCUGCUUUACGGAGGCACGUUGUGAGAGCAAAUACAGGACUAAAACUAGCCAGAGACUACAGAGAUGAUAGAGCACUAGCAACAUUAAUCAAAAAACAGCUGAACAAGCAAGGUCCUUCAUAUCACUUACCAACACAUACAGUUAACCACCUGCUGGCCAUGCGAGGUAUGCCUGCAGUUCUAACAUCGAAUGAAAGAAGACGGCUAAGAGAAAGCGGUUGGUCUGGUGGCGAGAGUGGUUCAUGGGAUGCCACGAAAGCUAAGUGCCUCGAAGAAAAAUGCGAGGCGGAACCCUUGCCGUGCGGACGUUAUUGUCUAGCGCACGUUACUUUGGCAGCGGAACAGCGCUUGUACGCGGCUUGCGCUGCGGUGUUCGCCGGAGGGGCCCGCUGCAGGCAUCCGCUGCUUCCGCUGCACGAACACACGCCACUCUGCGCCGAACACGCCUGGAAACGGGAUAACUACGAUAAGUUAUGUCGCGAUACAAGACCGAAGAAGGUUGUGCGCGGUCGAGUGCUGCCGAUGACGUCACGGGCUCCGAGACGAGUGAAGCGCCGUCGUCGCGUGCCCCUCAAGAACAAACCCCCCGCACCACCGCCCUCAGCCGAACAUUCUCUCUCAGAAAUCAACGUUUAUUCUAACUCAUCAAAUUACGAUAGCUCCGAAGACACCACUAUGGGCGCGCUGAGCGAGAAUGAGUACAUCGCUACAGCGAACAAUUCAAAUGAACUAGAAGUCGAAGUCGGCACGGUACCGUCUGACGUGUUGUUAGAUCCAGCGGUGCUGAGUCAGAUCCCUGACGAAGCAUUCACGGAGUUCUUUAAUCAAGCGGAAGGGUCGUCCUCGUUCGCGGAAAGUUCGGAGCUAGCAGCGGCGUUGGAAGCUGUACUCGACGAGAGAGUAUUAGACGAGAGAGCGUUAGAUUCAAUCACCGACUGUGUUUUCACGCCCCAAGCAGAAACGAAGGACAAAAUACAAGUACCAUCUUCGAUGCCGUCGAGCGCACCGUCAUAACAUAAUAAUUUUCUUUUAAGUUAUCUUAUUAAAUGACUCAUGUACUCUUAACAUUUAGGAACAAAUUCGUAUAAAAUAGGACUACGUUGAGUUGAAAUUGUCGAAAAAUAUUUUUCUUCGUGCUUUAAUUUUUUUAUGUAAUUUGUACGUAAGUAGAGAUUGUGUAACGCGACGGUUUGGUGUGUGUGCGAACUAACGUCUAACAUCACAGAAAAAAAAAAUCGUCAGCUGUAUUGGCCAUUUUUGUUGUAUUUUCUGUAUAAUCGUUUUUCCAUUAGAAUUUUUGAAGCAAAACAAAAAUGAGCUAUGAGUUAUAUGUAUAUGUGCUUGACGCGUUGCAUAAGGAAAAUAACUAAUAUCGGUACAUACUUAUUUUAGUUGAAAGUAAAAGUGCGUAUGCUUACUCUAUUCGUUUUGUUAGACGUUCGUUCAUUAAAAUGAUGUUUGGGUGUUAAAAAGUAGGUAAUGUAGUUUGAACAAACAUAUAUAUAUAUAUAAAUACUAUAUACAUAUUUAUUUUUUAAAUAUAAUACUUCAUUCGAAAAAGCAAUAAUAACACGCUUAAUAUGUGUAUAUUAAAUAAAUAAAAAUACAUCAGUACUAUAUUAUAUGUUAUACUGUGAUGAAUAGUUGCACCGAUUUUUUUAAAUAUUUUAAACUUUCUGCCCUAUUGUUGUAUCGAUUAGAAAUUAUUGAACAUGAUGAUUGCUUUAAUUCUAAUCAUUUUUGAACGGGUAAUAUACUUUUAUCGAUAGAAUUCAAAUGACAUCGCUAACUAAUCUACAAUCAAACAUGUGUUAAGAGAAAUCAUAACUAUUAUUGAGUCAUUUUAGUAACAUUUGACGUCUGUCAGUUUUAUCUUCUUAGUGAGGUGACCUACUUAAAAACAUUGAUUAAAGUGAAUGAAUCGAUACAGACUUGAAACAUAUGUGAAUUUUAAAAAUCUUCAGGUGAAUUCCUGUCCCAUUAUUAUUUUUUCUUUCGUAAAUUUCAAGAGAAAAAUAAGAAAAGUACAUAAUUUAACAAAAAUAUUGCAUUUAUUCAGUUCAAUUAUCAGAACUGUUAUUAAUAUUGUCAUCUUCAUCACAGCACUCAGAGAUAUUAUUAAUUUAUUUUCAAUAAUAUUGUCUAUUCUCACAACUCGUUCACAAUCCUGUAAAAUUAUUUUCUUUGUUUUCUCUACGAAUUUGGUUAUUGAUUUGUGGUGAUAUUUCUUCACAAGUAAUCAUUGCAUUCGAUUCUACUUAUCAGCUUUCGAUUUUUAGAGCAACAUCCCUAGCGUUAAAAAAGAAAAAUUGUUAACUAACGCAGCAUCGUAACAACGUUCAGUUUUUUAGAUCAGAAAUUGUUUAUUAUGUUUAGAAUGGUUUAUUAGUAAAAUUACUCGUAUCGGUCAUUAUUACAAUUAGAUAUGUAAUAGUAAUUGAAAAAAGUGUGCAGUUCUAACAUAAAAAAAAAAUAUUUUGCCCGCCGUUACAAGGCUACGUUGUUGAGUUUUGAUGAAUUGUCAAAUGUUACCUAUUAAAAUGACCUAUGAGUAAAACACAUGUUUUUCUGCUCAAAAUAGUGCAAGCGAUCAUCAUGUCCAAUAAAUUGAAAUAUCGAUAAUAUAUACAUACAUUAGAUACUCAUAUCGAUAAAUUGCAAAUGAUACUUUCAGAAAUAUAUUCUAAUGAAUGCUCGAUAAAUACGAUAAAAUAAAUGUUGCAUUUUGAAUUCUUUACAUGUUUUUCAUAUACAUAUGUAUGAUUGUUAAAAAUCACUUGUAUAACUCAGAAACACCAAUAAAAUAUGUAAUAGUAUUAAGUACAUAUUUUCAAUCGACCAAGUUCCAUAGAUAAGCAAUAAAUAGUAUAGACAUCAGCCAAAUAUAGCUAUUCUUUUUAUUAAGUGAAGUUUUUGGAUUCUCUUCAAUUGAAUGAAUUAAUUGAAGCUGUAUAAUAAUUCAUUUCAAAACUUGGAACUUGUACUAAAAUGAAUGAAUGAAUGAAGUUGCCUAAUGCCUCAUAUUUGUUCUUUAAAGCGUCAAUUCUAAA